AUAAUAAGAAGGAACUUUUUCAUAAGUUGCAGUAUCCACAAACAUCAUAACAUCCAAUCACAUCCCACCACCUUCAACCCCUCUCUCUCUCUCUAGUUCUGUUUUUAGCCCUGUAGAUCUCUCUCUCUCUCUCUCUCUCUCUCUCUCUUCAAAGAUUUUUAGCAAAUUUAGAUUCAUUCCUUGAAGCUUGCUAUUUUGCUUUUCCAUUGUCUUUCUCUUUUAACUGCUUUCUUCGCUUUUCCUUUUUGCUCUAACCUCAAGGAAAAAGGAAAGAAGGGGAAAACCUUUCUCACAAACCCCAAUUCCUCUGAGGGAAUUCAGAAUCCCCCUUGUUUUCCCACCAGGUGGUUUUCAUUUCCCAGCUCUUGGGUGGUCGGUUCUCUCUACUCUCCAGGUGCUACAUAUACUGUCCUCUUCAUGUAUUUUCAGCUUCUCUUUCUCUCUCUUUCCUGAUUGGGUGGUUGUCAAGAGGUUGAAGCUGAAAAAAUAAAAAAAAACAAAAAAACAAGUGUUAACUCUCACUUGUGAGCUUCCCUCUGUUCAAAUUCUAAAUAUUUUCUGUUUCAUUUUCUUGGAGUUGGUCUUGGGUCUUGCUUUUCUCCUUUCCCUUUUUUCAUCCCAGGAAGUUCAAUGGGUUCAGAUCUUGGUGGGGCUUUCUAGGGUUUUUUCUUGGUGAAUAUAUAUAUAUAUAUAUAUAUCUUUUCUGUAAUUAUAAUUGUACUGGGAGUUUUUCUUUGAUUUUGAAAAGGUGGGUAUUUUUUAGAUUCUCGGGGGUGGCUAUACAGGAAAAAAGGUAUUCUGAUUCCUUUCAAAAUGCUUCUUGAUUUAACGCUGAUGUUGUCAUUGUAAAACCUCCACCUCUCACCAUUUCCACUCUGCUCUCUCCUACUCUUGCUCUGUUUUCACAAUAAAUCCGAAACCUCGAUUUUGAAGUCUCUGUACAAAAUUGUGAAUCAAAAUAGAGUUUCAAACACAAUUUAGCUGAGUAAAUUGAUGUUAUGAGGUGGGGAAUGGAGAUUAUUUCGCCGGGGUCUUACCUUCCGAGCUUCAAUUGGUUUCUUGAAGAGAGCAGGAGCACAAAAUGGACCCCAGCAGAGAACAAAAUGUUUGAGAAUGCUCUUGCAGUCUACGACGACACGACGCCGGAUCGGUGGCAGAAAGUGGCUGAUUUGAUCCCCGGGAAGACUGCUGAGGACGUGUUUAAGCAGUAUAAGGAAUUGGAGGAUGAUGUGAGUAGUAUAGAAGCGGGGUUGAUUCCAAUUCCUGGCUAUAGUACUUCCCCUUUCACAUUGGAUUGGGGUAACAGUCAUGGGUUUGAUGGGUUCAAGCAGUCCUAUGGCCCCGGUGGAAAGCGAUCCUCGUCGGCUCGGCCUUCCGAACAGGAGAGGAAGAAGGGGGUGCCAUGGACAGAAGAAGAGCAUAAAUUGUUUCUGUUGGGGCUUAAAAAGUAUGGCAAAGGGGACUGGAGAAACAUCUCUCGAAAUUUUGUGACGAGUAGAACGCCGACUCAAGUGGCUAGCCAUGCUCAGAAAUACUUCAUCAGACAGCUUUCUGGUGGGAAAGACAAGAGAAGAGCCAGUAUCCAUGAUAUAACAACCGUCAAUCUCAACGACAACCAAACUCCCUCACCGGACAAUAAAAGAUCUCAUUCGAUGGAGCAGUCUACCGGGCUUUCUCAGCUAACAAAUUCUGGUUCAAUGUCCAGGACACAAUUUCAAUGGAAUCAGUCGAAUAACGGAGGAGCAAUUGCUUUCAACACAACACAUGGAAAUAUGUUCAUGUCUGAUCCUUACGGGAUUAACUCGUAUGAGCUUAAGAUGCAGAAUCAAAAUGUGCAGAAGAGUGCUAUGCAUCAUGAACCAUACCGUGGAUCUCAAAAUAUGGUUUUUCAGAUGCAACCGGUGCAGCACUACCCUCACGGAUGAGAUAGCAAUUGUCAUGUAAACUCUCGAUGGCUUUGAAAAUGCCUCGUCUUAUUUCAGUUCUGUAGUGUAGCUGCUUUUGUGCUUCUUUCUCUGGUCUUUAUGUGAAUAUGUUCUCUGGCAUUUUGAGUUAGUCCCCUAUUAGUUGAACUUGAGGGAGACAGAAUCAUGUGUGGCUUGGAACUUCAUCUUCAGGAAGGUGAAACCGGAACAGAGUAUUCACAAAUUAUAGGUUUUUCGUGUAUUGAAUGAUCAGUGGUUCUAGAUUGGACUUGUUAUCCACGGAGCAUUUUCAGAUUGGGCAUGACAUAUCUGUUAGAAAUGUGGUUCUUUUAGGGGUAAAUAAUCGGAUUAGCAAUGGCAAAAGAGCGGAUCUGAAGAUGGUUCCUGAAGAUUUCUAUGCAGAAAGAAAAUGUUUUGGCAAUUCGGAAUUUGUAUGGAGAAUGAGAUAGAAGACAUCAAAAAAAUAAGCAAUAUUCAAUCGUGGGUUGAAAGCUAAGCAUGUUUCUGCUAUAGUUGGCAAGGGGAAGAAGGCAUAUAAGAUCUUAUGGGGAAAAUGUCAUUGAUAUGUAUAAAGUGUGAAAUUAUCACUUUUGUUUUCUUCAGUCAUUGCCCUUACUUUGAGUUAUAAUCAAACAUAUUUUUCGCACUUUUA